UGUUGAAAACCGUUUGUAAUGUUUUGUAGUCUUAACAUCUGGCACAUAAUAACAGCACAAUUACCAGAAAAUAGUCUAACAUUCGUUUUUUUAAUGUUCAUCCAAGUGUUUCUUGCUUAGAGAUUUCGAGAUCCUCUGACCAAUUUUCAUCACUCAAACUCACCUGUCGGAUUUAUCUAAGCGUGGUUUGGCGGGUCAUGUUUUGGAGUAUGCCUGACUUGACCUUCACCUCUUCCGAGCCCAUUGGGGAGUUGCGGCGACGAGACAAGAUCACAAAAUUGGGGAGAAAAAUUUUAUUUUGUUAGGGGUAAUAAGUCUUACUGCCAGUGACGGCUAAGGAGGAAGAAGUGUGGAGAACACAAAAUGGCAAGUAGGGCUCCUCCCUCCCUCGGGGAGACCCACCAUCGGUCAGAGAUGAAGAUUGUGCUAAUUGGGGGAAGACAGAUGUGGGAUAUAGAAGCCAGCGGGAAGAGUUCAAUAGGAAACACCAUCCUGGGCAGAGACAUUUUUGAGACAGGAAGAAGAACUGCCCAAUGUGUGAGCGGACAACGGUAUGUGUAUGGGAGGCAGAUAACUUUGAUUGAUACCCCAGGCUGGUGGUGGGGUUAUCCUGUAGAUAAUACUCCCAAAUUGGAUCAAUUGGAAAUCAUGAGAAGUGUAUAUCUAUGUCAUCCUGGACCCCAAGCCUUUCUCUUGGUCAUUCCCGUGGACACCGUUUUUCCCAACAUAUUCAAAAGAUCGUUACAGGAACACCUGGAGUUAUUCAAUGAUAGAGUCUGGAGACACACUAUUGUGCUGUUUAGUACAAUCACUCCCCCCAAUGACAUAAGUUUACAGAAACACAUAAGCGUUUGGCCGGAUCUUCAAUGGCUUAUUAAGAAGUGUGGGAACAGGUAUCAUGUUUUGAAUGUCAAUAACAGGGGUGAUGACACCCAGGUCACAGAGCUGCUGGAGAAGAUAGAAGAAAUGGUGGCAGGAAACGAUGGCAAUCAUUAUGAGACAAACCAAGCUCUGUCUGAAGAGCUGGAAGAGAACAGAUUAGCAGUGAUUGAAGUAGCCAAACGGAUGAUGGCUAAGGUACAGAGACAAAGGACCAGACUCAGAGCGCUGAUCAAAGGAGAGGCAACUAGCCCAACAUACCUCAGGCUUGUGAUUGUUGGGGCACAAUGGGCUGCCAGGAGCUCAGCAGGAAACACCAUUCUGGGGGAAGGUGUGUUUGAUGUUGCUGAUAAUACAAGAAGAACAGUGCACUGUGUGACAAGACAUGGUGAAGUAGCAGGGAGGCAGCUUACGGUGGUUGACACACCAGGCUGGCACUACAAUAGUUCUCUACAGAACACCUCCAAGAUGGAUAGAUUUGAGAUAGUGCACAGUGUGUUUCAAUGUCCUCCAGGACCCCAUGCGGUCCUUCUGGUGGUUCCCUUUGCAACAGCAUUCAACAAAUCAUAUGAGAGAGCUGUUGAGGAGCACAUGGGUCUCCUCACAGAUGCAGUCUGGAAGCACACGAUUGUGCUCUUCACACGAGGAGACUGGCUGGGAGACACAACUGUUGAACAACGCAUUGCGAGUGAAGGGAAGGGUCUUCAGUGGCUCAUUGAGAAAUGUGGUAACAGAUACCAUGUUUUUGACAACAAGAAUCGAAGUGAUGCAACACAGGUAAUCGAGCUGCUGGAGAAAGUAGAGGAGAUGGUGGCAGAAAACAGAGGUUGUCCUUAUGAAAUUGACACCGAUGUUUCAGCAGACUUGGAACAGAAAAAGAGGGCUGGAAAAGAAAGAGCUCAAAAGAUCACAAUGAAGGUGCAGAGACAAAUGACGACACUCAGAGAACUGUUUAAAGGGGAGGAACAAAUAUUCUCUGAGGAUGAGUUGAGAAUUGUACUUGUUGGGAGAAGAGAGGCUGGGAAGAGUGUGGCAGGAAACACAAUACUGGUUGGAGAGUUGUUUCCGACAGCUUUGACCAAGGAAUUCAGAAUUCAAAACAGAACUAUGCAGUGUGUAAUGCAACAAAAGAGAGUUGCUGGGAUGAAGCUCAAAGUUGUAGAUACACCAGGCUGGUGGAAGAGAACCCCACAGGAUGCACGAGAUUGGGUUCAAGAUGAAGUGGUGCGCAGUGUGUCUCUCUGUCCACCUGGCCCCCAUGCUUUUCUUCUGGUCAUUCCCAUUUCUGCACCAUUUUCAGAGGGAGACCUCAAAGCAGUAGAGAAGCACCUUGGGCUAUUAACUGAGAAAGUCUGGAGACACACAAUGGUGCUGUUCACCUGGGGAGAUUGGCUAGGAGACAGAGCCAUUGAGGAAUAUAUUGAGAGAGAAGGAGAGGCACUCCAACAACUUGUUGAAAAAUGUGGGAACAGGUAUCAUGUAAUGAACUGCCAUGGCUGGGAUGAUAGCUCUCAGGUCACAACACUGUUGAGGAAGGUAAAGGAGAUGGUUGUACGUAACAAAGGGCACAAUUUCACUAUUGAACAGAAGAGUAGGCAGAAGCCAAUGCUUCACUGGUUAGCAGGAAAGGGCAUGAUGACCGAAGAGGAAUGGAACAGGAGAGAAGAGGAACUCAUAGAGCGGAUGUUGAAGGCAGUGGUGGUAGAACCAGAGGAAUCUAAACUGCCAUUUGUACGGGGGAAGGAAAGCAUUGAUUUUUUCAUCCCCAGCAUGAGCUGUGAGACUCCCUCUGAAGUUGGGAGUUCCUACAUAAAUUAUGGAGCACAUGCCAAGGUGUCUGAAUGGAGAGUGAAGUAUGCUGGGAGAUCUGCUGCAUCCUCUGGGCACGGCACUAUGAGUUCAGCAGUCAGUUACAUGGGCGAAUCUCUGGACCGAUGGGAGAAUCUAGUCAAGGAGAGUCUGGGGGACGGCAAGAUAAGAGCAAGGGUGUUGGAUAGUCCUGCAAAUUCAGAGGCCCACAUUUAUGGGGUGAAAACCAAACGUAGGAAUUCACAUUGAGCAUAGGUCAAAAUGACAAUACUAAGAAAGUAAUACCUACUUUUGAGAAAAUACAUAACACAUGUACUGUUCUUGGAACAAGCUCUCGCCUUGGCUUGACACAUCUGGGGCAUAAUAUCAGGACCUCAUCCGAGAAUUGACAUAAGCAAAUGUUCUUGCAGGAUAUUUCAGUUUUGUCAUGGGAGUUUCUUGAUGUUCUUCUUUUUAGUUGAAGAUGGUGGCAGAUUACUUGUGUCUUUCCAUGUAUUUGUGUACAUAUACCCUGAGUGUACAAAACAUUAGGAACACCUGCUCUUGGUUUCACCAGGUGAAUCCAGGGGAAAGCUGUGAUCCCUUACUGAUAUCACUUGUUUAAUCCACUUAAAUGAGUGUAGAUGAUCAGUAGGAGACAGGUAAAUAAGGAUUUUUAAGCCAUUUGAAGCAUGGAUUGUAUAUGUGUGCCAUUCAGAAUGGGCAAGACAAAAGAUUUAAGUGCCUUUGAACGGGCAUGGUAGUAGGUGCCAGGCACACCGGUUUAUGU